AUGCCAGGUUGCCUCGAAGGUCUCCACGCUAUCGCCACUCAUAUCGUGAAAGGUGUCGAACAAGAUGCCCUCGUCAAGGAUAUAGAGAAGCGGGCCAAAGGGGUCUUCACCAAAGAUGUCGAUGCUGCUCCCGAGACCCGCAUCUUCUACAGUAGCAAAAAUCCUACCCCAAUCGUCACCAUGAAAGAUGGCAAAUUCUCAGCCGUCGAAGCAAUGGCAAUUGAGAAUGGCAAGGUCCUGAAAGUCGGCAGUCUCAAGGACACCAAGGCUGCAGCAUCGUCCGUCACAGAACCGACUGACAUCGGAGGCAAUUGCAUCGUACCUGGCUUUGUAGAGCCUCACCUUCAUAUCAUCACCUCGGCAAUGUUGGAUAAGUUCCUGGUGAACUGUGAUCCUCUCAAUCAUGAGAUUGGCGGUACUUUCGAAGGUACAAUGGAGUUCCUUCGUAAUAAAGUCAGGGAUCUCAAGAAGGGUGCGUGGCUCCUGGGAUAUGGCUACGAUCCAUCUCGAUUGGAACCAUAUGAAGGAUCAUUCAGAGAUUUGACACCGGCUCUGUUCGAACAGGAAGGCCUGACUGAAAAUCCUAUCCUCAUCAUUAACGCCUCUGGCCAUAUUGCCUACGCCAGUUCCCUCGCCUUACGUGAAGCCAAACAGGAUGAACCUGCUUCUGGAGUUCUUAUCGAACCAGCUGCGUUCCAACCCAUCAUUACCAAGGCACUGCCGAGUCAGAUUAUAAAGUCGUUGGAAAUAUUCGACGGUCUGUUCAAUGUCUUGAAACGAUGGAGCGCUAAGGGUUUCACCACAGUCUUUGACGCAGGUGUCGGACUCUCUAUCCCCCAACUUGACGCCUACAUAUUGAGCGCGUUGGCAAUAUGUGCACCACUUCGCAUCGCUGGAGCAGCUGCAAACAUGACACCUGGAGAAGCUGAGAAGACUGUCGGAAAGGGCGACAUGCCGUCAGGCGGCGCAACACCCUUGAAGAUCAAGACCAUCAAGCUCUGGAUGGAUGGCUCGACUCAAGGCUUCACGGGUGCACUUGAGGGACAGUACAAGAAUGAGUUGCUGCCGGAAUACUUCUGGGGAGCACCGUGGGGGUGGGCGAGAUGGAAAGUUCGCAAAACGUGCCAUAUCACACCCUUCACGGAGUCUGACAUCUUCGAUGAAAUGAGGACUUGGGCGAAGAGAGGGUACCAGUUGAUGGUACAUGUCAAUGGUGAUUGUGCUUCUGAAGUUGUGCUCGAUGCUUUUGAAAAGCUCAAGACUGAGCUUCCUGACUUAAAGGUCCGACAUCGACUGGAGCAUUUCACCGUGACCCAGUCGCAGCAGAUCGAACGUGCUGCCAAGCUCGGCCUCUAUGCUAGUCAUACCAUCGGACACGUCAAGUACUGGGGCAACACCUUUGACAAAUACAUCCUUGGAUCCGAGCGAGCAGGGCGCAUUGAUCCGCUGCAAGAUGAUGUGAAGCAUGGACUCGUCUACUCGCUCCACAGUGACUCUCCCGUGUCGCAAGCGGAUGGAUUAUCAUAUGUUAGAACUGCUGCGACCAGACUCAUGUACGAGAAGACGCCCGAUGAAAAUCCGGAAAGAGUACUUGGGGGUGAUCAGACUGUGACGGUGGAACAAGCUUUGGCUGGCAUAACAGUGAAUCCAGCGCGUCAAAUACUUCUCGAAAGCGAGAUUGGGACACUUGAGGAUGGAAAAGACGCCAACUUCGUUGUUUUGAGUCAGGACAUCACCUCGUCUUCACUUCAUGCCAAAGAUAUUAGCAGUGAUUGGGUGCUCGAAACUUGGUUCAAGGGACGUCUGAGUAUAGCCGGCGUUGAAUGUGGAGGCUACAACAAAGAUCUCAUCUUCGACCUUGAUGAUCCAUCUACUGCCACGACACGAUUUCGACGGCCUUUGCUUACGGAGAAAGAACGUCGAUGUAUGAGUGAACAGAUUGCGCGCGACAUUCCACCAAGUCUGGCCAGUUGGCAUUUGUCCAAGAUUGAAGACGAGUGCGAGAAAGCGCCGUCUGAUAUCCAGAUAUCGCGAGGCCCUUUUGGAGCUUUUAGAGUUACGGCAGAUCGGCACCAAGAAUUUGUCUCUACUCUAGACAAACUACCAGAUGGUGCGCAAGAUACUUCGAACUUUCAAAUCGAAGACCAGGACGACUUCAUUCUUCCGGAUUUUGAUGACGAAAUCGAGCUCGUUCCUCCGCCUUAUGAUACCUCGACAGUUGCCUCUCAACAGCUGGUUCGACAGCCUCAGGAUUGGAUGACGGUACUCGAAAGCCUCCCUGUAGGCGACUGGCUAAGCCCUGGCCAAUUUGAUCUCCCAGAUUGGUGGGGCUCUACGGUUGUUGACCCUUGGCCUGACAGACUUGCAGCUACACCAAAACCGUCAUCGCCAGUUCCAUCAUCCUCAGUCAUGCAGAUGGAGCCACCUGCAUUACCAGUAUCCCAGCCCUCCUUUAUGACAGGCCCAAUCGUUGACAGUAAUAUUCCCCAGGAUGCUGUCUUGUUAGUCAAACACUAUGCCACAACAGUACUUCGCGGCUUGACCCCAUAUCGUCAUAGCAAAACACCAUGGCACAUCCUUUUCCUUCCGCAUGUGAAAAGCUGCUUAGCGGCCCUAACCUUAGGAGAGGAUAUGGAUCAUGCCAGUCUAUGCGCCUUCUACGGCACAUUAUCCAUCAGCGCCUUCAGCCUCGGUGGAAUCUAUGACUCGAACAAAUGGCUACAACAAGGCAAGACAUAUUACCAACAGGCUCAACUCCAUAUACGCGUCAUGCUAAGAACAGCAUAUGAUAUACCCAAGAGGGCUAAGUACAAGUCUAUUCUCAUGGCACUACUCACCAUGGUGCAAAUCGAAGUCUUGUCUGGCAAUCGAGAUGAAGCAGAAUAUUACUUCUUGGAGACUGAGAAGUUUAUUCGUUUAAGAGGGUUGAACCGCCGCAAGUCUCGCAAGGUCAGAUUGCUUCAUCACUGCUAUGCCUUUGAGCGACUUUCUCAUGAAAGUACCUUUACUGAGAGUCGACUCAAUCUUGACCAUCGCAAUCGCGUACGCGAGGCGAUUGAAGCAAGCGACGCCAGACCUUAUAGUUUGGACAAUCUCUCAUUCCGUCUCACCACAUGGAGAGAUUUGGACCAAGAGAUGUUAAAGGUCAAAGGUCAAGUUGAGGGCGAGAAUGAUCUACAUCUUCAGCACCCGGGAAUCUGGUCUGCCACGCUAUAUCCCGAAAUAUUUGGUGUGCCGGAACUCCAUCUUUUCAUGCUUUCCCUGGUCAUUCGUCUCGCUCGAGAGAAGGUUCAAAGCCAGGAGGAAGCCAUAACUCUUAAGGAAUAUAUGGCUCGUGGCAAAGCCGUUGAACGAUGGAUAAAACAGCUCCACGUCCUACGCCAAUCUAUCUGGACGGCAGAAACACCCGCCGAUGCAGAACAGCAACAAUCUGUCAACUUACUCAAUAGCCUAGCCGACACAAUGCAACAUGCGCUUUCAGUCUACUUUUACCGGAGGAUCUACGAUCUAGAUCCGUCUAUGCUUGAGAAACACGUGCUUGGGGUACGCGAUCGGCUUCUCGAGUUUGACGCUUCAGAUGCAGGAAUGGGGUAUGGAUCUUUAAGAUUGAUAUGGCCUGCUUUUGUCGCUGCUUGUGAAACGGAUGAUGUGGAGAUCCGGUCUUCGUUUGUCGGAUGGUUUGAAGAGGCGGGGAAAAGGAGCGGGUUGAGGAUAUUUAUAGAGACGAAAGAGAGGAUUGAGAAGGUCUGGAAUGAAAGAGACGGAACCAACCUCAUUCAAAAGUCUUUAUCGCAUACCGUUAUGGCAUCUUUCGAAGGCAAAGUAAUCGCAAUCACUGGCGCAGCCUCCGGCAUGGGCCUCGCAACAGCCCAACUUCUCGCCUCAAGAGGCGCCAUCAUUUCCGUCGCAGACAUCAACGAAGAAGCCCUCAAAACAGCCACAUCAUCACUUUCCGGUGACAAACACAUAUACCAUGUAGUAGACGUCAGUGAAAGCGACUCCGUAAACUCAUGGAUCCAAAAGACCCUCGACACAUUCGGGAAGCUUGACGGUGCUGUCAAUAUGGCUGGUAUCAUCGCUGAGCCGACGCCUCUGACAGAGUAUAGUGAUGAGGUCUGGGAUAGAAUGUUUGCGGUCAAUACGAGGGGUGUGUUUAAUUGCUUGAGGGCGGAGUUGAGGGCUUUGACGGAGGGCGCGAGUAUUGUAUCCGCCGCCAGCGUGUUUGGGCAGUUUGGAGCUCCCGGUCAUGUUGCCUACUGUGCAAGCAAAGCAGCUGUAAUCGGACUUUCCAGAACAGCCGCCAAAGAGAAUGGUCACAUUCGUGUUAACUGCGUCUCCCCAGGCUCUGUGAGUACCGCCAUGAACCAAUAUGAUGACCCGGAACAUGUCAAACGUAGUCUUGCGGGAACAGCCCAGAAGAGAAGAGCCGAGCCGAUCGAGGUUGCUCGCGUCAUAGCUUUCCUACUUAGUGAUGAAGCAUCUUUUGUCACGGGCGCAGUGUAUAAUGUUGAUGGCGGUUGGGUAUGCUAG